AUGCGCUGGUUCUUCGUGGUCCACGCCGCCUGCACCGAGGUCACGUUCGUGUACACGCUGAGCGUCGUGCCGCCCAGCUGGGCCGAGCGCGCCGUCGGCACCCCGCUGGAGACCGAGGUGUGGACGCUGCGCUGGGGCUGCCUCGCGCUGCAGGGCUACGGGCUGCUGGCCGGGCUGGCGGCCAUCUACACCUUCAUCCCCCUCGUCCUGCAGGUCACCAUGUCGUCCGCUGACCUCCUGGACGCCCUGGCCCGCCGCCUGGAGUUGUCCAAGUGCGAGCCCAAGGACGCCGCCAUGCUGAGCAGGCUGCACCAAGCGUGUCUGCUGGCGGACGCCACCGUGUCCGACAUCACGUUCCCCGUCGUGUUCGCCAGCCUGCUCAUGCCGCUCAUCAGCAUCGCCCAGGCGCUGAGCGGCACGGUGGACAACAUGGACGCCCUGGGCACGGCGCCGCUCUUCAUGACCAUCACGGUGCCGCUGUACCUGGUGGGCGACAUGCUGGAGCGCGCGCGGCACGGCGUGGCGCAGUCCUCCGCCAAGGGCCCCUGGCUGGACGAGCCGCCCCGGGUGCGCCUCCUCCGCUGCGCCAUCAUGCUGGGCGCCGGCGGCAGGGGCGCCCUUCUCAGGUGCGGCGGGCUCGGACUGCUGAACCGAAAGGGCCUGGUGCACGUGAUGCGGUCCUGGGGCGGCUUCCUGCAAGCCAUGGCCAACCUCCGCAGGGCGAACAAGCAGGUCUAAACCGGGGUCUACUCGCAAAUGUGUUUCAGUACCUGAUGUUUAAAAUGGCAAUUUAAAAAAAAAGGUUACGCAUGAGUUGGCUUGUAAUAAAAGGAAAACUGUGUGGAAACAGUUUUACAUACUUUUGUCUUUGUUAUACUGAUGUUCGUAAUGUAUUUUCUUUGUGAACUCAUCUAGUAUUAUCUAUAGUUUGUAAGGAUUUAGGUAUAGUGAAAUCAAAGCCUCUACAAAUUCAAUAAUAAAUUUAAUUUUUUAAAUUA